AUCAAAGCCCAUGGAGUUGCACAGGGGAGAGAGAGAGGGAGAGGGAGAGCAGCGUCCGCCCGCUCCCUUAUUAGCAGAGAGCUACGCUGCGGAGGCCAUGGCGGCUGACAUGGACCCCUGGGUGGUCUUUAACGCCAGAAAGACCCCCAGGGCCGAGUUCGAGAACUGGCUGGAGACGAACUUGCCGUCCCAGGUGCGCCGGUUCGGGGAUCCGGAGAGGAACGUGGGCCCUGUUGGGUGGAUCGCGGUGUAUGGGCCACAUUACAUCCACAGCGAGGGCGACCUGGCAGCCCUGCAGCAGGACUGGGAGAGGCUGCAGGCCAGCGGGAGACCGGUGACCUUCGACACGGUCAAGGAGCUGGCCCUGAACAACGGCGUGCUGAGCGGGAAGUGGCUGAUGUACCUGGACUCCGGGUUCAAGGUGGACCACGCCUGGGAGGGCAUCGCCCGCGCCAUCCUCGACGGCCACAUCGCCGUGGCCAAGGUGAGCCCCCGCGGGCCCGACUCCUCGGACAGCAGGCACGUCAUCUGCGUCUACAACCAGACCUUCACCGACCAGGAGGAGGUGGUGAGGCUGGAUGCUGCCAUCCGGGCUACGGGCAUCAAGUGCCAGCUGUCCUACAAGCCUGACGUCUACACCUACCUGGGCAUCUACCGCAAGAACCGCUGGAAGCUGUGCCCCACCAUUUACGAGAGCCGGUUCGACCUGGAGCGCGUGCCCAGACGUUCUCUAAUCACCAAUAAAGUGACCAGCACUGAGGUCACUUAGCCCACAUACUGUUAGGUACUGGGAGGAGUAAGGGUCACUUUCUGUCGAUCUUGGUGCCAGCUCUUGUAUUGCAUUGCCGACAGGAGUGUGCUGAUGCUGCCUUUAAAAAAAAUAUUCAAUAAAUCCAGUCAUUAAACGCGUUGAUUUGAAAAUCAAGAAAAGGCGUCAGUGAAAUUGAAACCCUGCUGUUUUGUGAUCCUCGUUGCAAAAAUAAAGUUUGCAUCAUUUUUGAUUUGUGGGACACACCUGUCCCUUAAAGGGUUAAUCGCGUUGAUUGAAGCUAAACUGUUAAAACUAUAAAUGCUGGCUCAAGCCAGCUGUGGGACAGUGUUCAGAACAGUUCACAAAGCAAUAACAUGAGAAAACUGGAGGAAAUGAUGCGUGUGAUCUUGUUCCUCUGAUUCUGUGCCAGUACGCUUUGAUUGAUUUUAGGAUGUUAUCCGAUAACACUUCAGCUUUCUAUUCAGUGCCAGUACUGAAAUGUAUCCCUCUACAUGUUAUCAAAUAAAUCAACCAAUCACCGCUAA